AUGGCGAAGGAUGUAUACCGGCGUCGAAAUGCGGCAAAGAUGAAAAAAAGAUACAACGAUUUAACUGCUUAUGAUAAGCAAACGUAUAUUGAUAAAACAAAUAAACGUCGCAAGGGCCAAAAUAUGGGUGAUGCAUGUCUUGAUACCGAUAAAGACAUGACCAUAUCGAAGAAAAUCUCCCUGUCCAGAGAUGGUGGCUUAAACCAAAUGAGAUUUGAGAUCUAUGAUAUGAUCGUUGUUGCUAAUACUGGGCUGAUGAGAGAUAUGUGGGGUGCACUCGAUUUGUUUCUAUUGACGUAA